AUGGUCGCGCGUGCAUACAACAUGGAAGUGUGGCGGGCCGGGAGGCCGAAGACGGACCUCAACUUCCUGGAGAUUGAGACCGGGGCGGAUGCGGAGUUCCUCGUCCCUGAGGGCAUUAAGACGGACGAGAUAAAGAAGAUGAACAAGAGGCCGGCCAUUGCGUUGGUCCCGAGACGGAAGGGUGUCCAGUGCCACGGAGGCCAGCAAAGAGCUGCCCCAGCCUCCGGUGACGUCCCUCUGCUCGCCAAGAUCUUUGCCUCCAAGGGCCUGGACCUCAAGGACCUCGUCGUGUUCUCCGGCGCCCACACGCUCGGCACGGCGCACUGCCCGUCAUUCGCUGACCGGCUCUACAACAGCACCGGCGAGAACGAUGCCUAUGGCGUCGUCGACCCGUCUCUGGACAGCGAGUACGCCGACAAGCUAAGGCUCAAGUGCAAGAGCGUUGAUGACCGUACUAUGCUGUCGGAGAUGGACCCUGGGAGCUUCAAGACCUUCGACACCAGCUACUACCGCCACGUCGCCAAGCGGAGGGGCCUCUUCCGCUCCGAUGCCGCGCUCCUCUUCGACAACACCACCAGGGACUACGUCCAGCGCAUCGCCACCGGCAAGUUCGACGGCGAGUUCUUUAAGGACUUCAGCGCGUCCAUGAUCAAGAUGGGCGACGUGGGUGUGCUCACCGGAGCCGAGGGAGAGAUCAGGAAGAAGUGCUACGCCCCCAACUAG